CCUUCAUCCAUGGUGAAUGGUAAUAGCAUCCGGUCUCGAAGAGCUCACAUCACAUUGAAAUCUAUCAAAUUUAUCUCACGCCUCAGAGGAUCUCGGAAAAUGGCCACCUCUUGCAGCGCAAAAAAACCCUUGUCUCGGUUUGACCUCCCUGGUCUCAACCUGCCUCUCAACUGGCAGCCAGCCUAUAAUUGUUAUGGAAUUUUUGCUGCCCGCGAGGGCGAAGCGUUGUUCAAGACUGCACUGAAUGGAAAGGACGUCGACAAUGGCGCCGCCUCGCUUCCUCUGACGACGUUGCGAGAAUUUGCUAUGCUUCAGAUUAUGGAUCUCCUCACUAACAAACCAGGAUGGGAAGAAAAGGUCUUCGAUGAUGAGAUUGCCGAAAAGUGGAAGGCGGAAGCUCUUAGUACCGAAGGUCGAGAUGUGACGCAGAAGAUGUCGGACUGGGUAAUCGACGAACUCCGCUACAAAGCAAAGAUCUUCAAGGAGACUGGUACAGUAACCAUCUUCAAUGGUGAUGUGGUAAAAUCUGAUGUUGCAAUUCCAAUCUCCGUCAAAGAAGCACUUCAAGCUGCUGCUCGGAAUCUCGAGGCCAUCCCUGAGAAAUACAAGGACUGGCAUCCAGGAUCUGAUGGAAAAGUUCUUGAUCUCGUCCAUCCAUCUCUCUUCCCUCUAAUCUACGGCCGCAGUCGAGUUCUUGAGGACAGGCUGAUCGGACUCGAAGAUUGCAUCGAGAAUUGUGGAAAAGGAGUUGUGGUACCUGUUCGCGAUGAGAAAGAGACUCACCUUCCUAGAACUGCAAGCAACACCAUGGGAUACAACUUGAGAAACGACACGCCAGCACCAUAUAGCAAGGAUUUCCAAUGGCUUCCGUGCGAGGUUAAUAUUUCGGCCGAAGAUGGAAAGGCAAAAAUCACAAGCUACAUCAACAACCUCCAUCCCGGCAAAUAUAAAGCAUUGUACAGAAUUAUCGAGGACAUUAUCACCAAAACCAUUCCACAGUGGGGAAUGACUCUCGGACCUUUGCGAAAUCAUAAUUAUCGCAGGAGAAUUGAAAUGACGGAGGUCGAGUUUGAUCCUGACCCAGACCAAAUGGAAGAGCAUGAGAAGCCCCAACAAGGGGAGGAUGAGGAUGAGGAUGAUUACUACGACAGAGUCUGGCAGUGGGAAAACGACAUUCGGCGCACAGUUCAGCCUGAACCAGGAGUUUACGAGCCUUGGCCAGAGUUUCGAAUCGACUUGAAAGAAGAGUACGCACAUCGAGGCUUGCAAGUGAUCGUAAAGCUUGCCAAUAUUGAACUCACCCCUGAAAAGCCGGAGUACUCUGGUGGGACUUGGCACGUUGAAGGUCAACUCAACGAGCACAUAUGCGCCACAGCACUUUACUAUUACGACUGUGAGAAUAUCUCUCGAAGUCGUCUAGCAUUCCGCCAGAUGUGUUCUGAGGACGAGGCAAACGAGAUGGGAUAUCCGCAAGGUGUUCACGACUGGCUGAGAGAGAUCUACGGUUGCGAGAAUGACGGACCAUGUGUCCAGGAAAUUGGGUCUGUUGACUGCUACGAAGGACGACUUCUCACAUUCCCGAACAUCUUGCAGCAUCAAGUCCAGCCAUUCAGGCUUGCGGAUCCUACCAAGAAAGGACACAGGAAGAUUCUUGCGCUAUUUUUGGUUGAUCCUGGGAUUCGCAUUAUCAGCACGGCCAAUGUCCCUCCGCAACAGAGAGACUGGUGGGGUGAGGAAGUAGCCAAGCAGGGAGAAACAGGCGGCAAGGGUUUCGGAAAGUUGAGCACAGAAUUGAAAGACAAAAUCAUCGAUGAAGUUGACGAUUUCCCAAUCGGCAUGGAUGAAGCGAAGGAGUUUCGACUAAAGCUGAUGGAAGAGAGGAGCAAGUAUGUUGCUGAUUCAAGAGCUGUAUUCGAGAGAAUGGAAUUCUCCUUGUGCGAGCAUUAAACGAUAGAGAGGUCUUGGGAGCCAUGUACUAUUUCCUUAUACGGCGGGAUCAAGAUUGUAGAAGCUGCUACAACGGGCUCUACCUGCUUUUGGGUUUAGAUAGCUGGGCGUAGUCCUACGGCCACUGCGAGGGCAAUAUCAUUAGGUAUUACAGUCCAUCGGGGGUAAUGCCAGUUUCCUAUUGCUUGCUCUGUUCCAGCAGCCACUUCAUCCCCUUCACGCAAUCAUCUCGAAAAGUCUUCGUAAAACCAGCUUCGGUCCACAAAGACCAGAAACCGUGUGGAAGGCCGGGGUAAAGAUCCACUAGGGUCUUGACUCCAUUUUCUUCCCUCAAUAUCUCUUCAU